AUAAUGUCUUGGACAUGAGGAUGUAAAUUUACAGUAGAUGUCCAGAUCUCUUAUUAAAUGUUAAAUCUACUAUUGGAUAUACAAACAUACAACACAGAGUCAAUAUUUGAAUUGAAUAAUCCUUUGAUCGGGACACGCCGAUUCAUAGUUGCAUAUGAUCGUUUGGCGGGGUAUAAUCAGCCACCAUUUACUCUAGCUACCGCUACAUCUACGGCUACAGUUACUUUUCAUCUAUCUUUUUCACCACUUCUUUUGCCGUUCAAAACUCAAACAUCUUGAACAGCCUCUUUGCUUCUUCUUCGAUACAACCCACAAAAACCACCCUUCCUCACAAUGUCCGCUCCUGACCCCGCUCCCACAACAACCAAACUCGAGCUCCGGACCGCCUAUGGUCCCGUCUAUCGUGAUGUACUCAACACACCACCUCGUCCCUGUACCGAUACCGAAAUCCCCAUAAUCGACCUCUCGAAUAUAAACUCUCCUAUUCUGAGUGAUCGACAGGCAUUAGCAGCAGAAGUACGCGCUGCGGCUGUAGGGACGGGGUUUUUUUAUGUGAAGAAUCAUGGGAUCGAGGAGCAGGUUAUCGCAAGGGCGAAGGAACAGGCGUUGAGGUGAGUUAUUGCUUAAAGGGAUGAGAGGGGAUGGCCACGGAAACGAGAUGAAACGUAUAGAGAGGCUUUUUAUGAGGAAUCUUCAAGGGCCUAGGAUUUUCCUUUGAGACAUGCGAGCGGGAGAAAGAGAACUGGAUAGAUGAAUAGAAAUGAAAACUAACAUGGGCCUAGUUUCUUCAAACAACCAUACGAAGGAAAAGCCAAAAUAGAUAAAAGCCAUUCCCGCUAUUUCAAUGGCUACAUGGGAUUAAAAAGUUCCAAUAUCAGCCCCGGAGAAAGUGUAGACGUCAAAGAAUCCGUACGUCUCCAAACCCCAUAUCCUCAUACCCUCCCUCCUCACCAACAACCCCAGAUUGCCUGGCGCUACGAACCCGAAAACGACCCCGAUCACCCACAACCCCUUUCUUCCAUUCCCUCUGAAGUAAAACCCUUUAUACGAGGCGAAUCCUUCGUCUGGGAAGGAACAUCUCACCUCCCCAAUUUCAAAACCGACACACUAGCCUACUGGAAAUCCUGUCUCACUCUCGCGCGCAAACUCGUACGAGUCUUCGCACUAAGUCUUUCACUCCCAGAAGAUUAUUUCGAUAGUCGAGUGACUUAUCCCGGCGCCGAUGGCCUCUACAAUUACUAUCCCCCGAGUACCGAAGAGGAGAAAUCAAAUAAUAGUGUAGGGUUAGGUAGCCAUACUGAUCUACAACUUUUUACAUUACUAUGGCAAGAUAUGAUAGGAGGAUUACAGGUAUUAAAUAAAGAAGGCCAAUGGAUCAUGGCCGUACCGAUCGAGGGAACAAUCGUAGUUAACAUCGGAGAUUUCAUGAUGAGACUCUGCAAUGAUAUGUACAAGAGCACUGUGCAUCGAGUCUAUAACCGCGCAACCGUAGAGCGAAUAUCCAUGCCAUUCUUUUUCGGUAAGUCUUUAUUUUCCAUUCAUUCAUACUUCCUUCCUCCCUUCCUGAAUAUCAAUAUAUCCAUCAUACCAUAUCAUAUCAUAUCAUAUAUCACAAACUAAAAUAACAACAACAAUACCAACACUAAUCCACACAAAUCAUCACACAGGACUUAAUUUCAACUGUGUAGAAGGCGUAAUCUCUACAUGCACCGAUGAAAAUAAUCCACCCAAAUACGAACCCAUAUCCUGUGGCGAUUGUAAGACUUAAGUUUCUCUCUCCAAAUUACACAUUUUCAUCCAUUUAUCCAUCCAUCAAGAAAAUCUCCCAAACUGACGAAAAACAGGGUGUCAACUUCGCUUCAAACUGGAGAAUGAUGAGUUUAAGGAGAAGGCUGCGCGGGCGCAGGCUCCUAGUGCUGUUGUUGUGAAGGCUUAGCUAGAGUUGUAUAUGUAAGGUUUUAUGAUGGCAUGGACACUUCUGGGUUAAGUCCUUAGCAACGAUAUUUCGUGAUUGUUUCUAUAAAUUAUUGGAAAGGAGUUUUGGAGAUCACUUAAAGCUAGUGGGAGACAUUGCUCUAUCUAUAUUAAUAUGUACCCAUUGGCAUUUUUAGAAUAGACAGAUGGCGUAUUUACAUCAUUGAAUAAUUAGCAAUGAGUUUAUGU